AUGCAUUGCUCUUCAUCUUCUGCUCUAUUGCUGGCCGGCAUUGCCGGUCUUGCUGUUUUUAGCGAUGCCUCCCNNCCUCUUGAGAAGCGUUACACAUCGCCUACCGCACCUUUCGACGGGUGCCUCUACCAAGUCUCUAAUCUAGGAGGCUUCAAUUCUCACAUCUCUGUCAACAACUGGAAGACACUUCCAUCUACUCUCAAGGCAACAGACCGUAAUGGAGGUCCGUACGGCGUAUACUGGAAGCCCUCCCUCGUUGGUGUUGAUCGCAAAGACGGCAGUCUUACCCUCACUGUGCCUGGAGGUCAACCAAACUGCACCGAGGCCAAUCCCUGUGGCAGUGCCCAAAUUACCACCGCCGCAAACGAUGUUAUGUACGGAAGCAUGCGCACUGUAGCAAAGACUCCCAAUGUCUGGGGUACCGUCAGCGGGUUCUUCUUCUAUAGCGAUGACAACAACGAGUCCGACAUUGAGAUCCAGACCGGAGAUACCACACACGUUCACUUUACGAACCAGGAUUGGUAUGGUUCGAAUGCGCUGUCCAAUGCCAGUGCUGUAGCCGAUACAUCUGCUGCUUACCAUGAGUAUCGUGUUGACUGGGUCCCUGGAAGAACCGACUACUAUGUCGAUGGAAAGCUGUUGCAGACCUUUACCAAGUUUGUGCCCAGAACAGCUGGAGCUUGGAUGUGGAACUCGUGGACGUGA